CCAUUUGAAGGUCAAACCAGAUCAUUAUAGGCCCAACUUUCACUCCACCAGAAUUUCUUCUUCGGCCCACCUCUUCCUUGUGGUGCGAACUUGUCCAUCUGUUUAUUCGGCGAACUCCUCGCGAUCUCAUUUCAUAAUCAAGUUGAAUUUAGGGAUCGGGAAAAUGGCAAGCACAGCAUGUUUUAUGAUUGUAAGCAGGAAUGAUAUCCCUAUCUACGAAGCUGAAGUGGGCACUGCCCCUAAGAAAGAAGACGCUGCUCACCAGCACCAGUUUAUAUUACAUGCAGCACUGGAUAUUGUUCAGGACCUUGCAUGGACUACAAGUGCUAUGUUCUUGAAAUCAAUUGACAGAUUCAAUGAUUUGGUGGUAUCUGUUUACGUCACUGCUGGUCAUACGCGAUUGAUGCUGCUUCAUGACUCGCGCAAUGAUGAUGGGAUCAAAACCUUCUUCCAGGAGGUCCAUGAGCUAUAUAUAAAGAUCCUUCUGAAUCCUCUCUAUUUGCCAGGAUCUCGCAUCACAUCAUCUCACUUCGAUACCAAAGUUAGAGCCCUUGCCAGAAAGUACCUCUGAGACUAUACGGACCAAAGCUAAACAAGAACUAUAUCAAUGCAAAGUUCGUUCCUUACAAUAUUCAUUUGCUGUUGAUGACUGGUUAUUGUGUUUGGGAGUGACCAUGGUAAAUGAUAAAUUGACUAGUGGAUCUUCUUUUCACCAAGUUAAUGUUUCAUUAUUGUUGUAUAACCGCAACAAUAGGUGAUACACUGAGCUAAGUUAGUAAUUGUUUUGCUGUAUACUAGUCUCCUACAAUGAUUCCAAUGUAUCUGAGUGUCAUGCUAUUGAUCUAUUCAUGCAUGUGAUGCAACAGCUAGCUCUGGGCUUCCAAAGACU